GAGCCAUCGCGACACAGCUGUAUCCCCGGGGAGAAUCACUGGAUCGUUUGAAAAAAAGCGAUCCAAUCGCGUGCCGCAGUCCGGUGACUAACAGCCUGCAGCCGCGACUAACAGAAAUCUAUCGGCCGUGUUAUUCACUGUUGCCUGUGCUUUUCCGCUAUGCACAGAGCUUAAGUCUUGUGCGAGUCGCUGACGAGUACAGAUGUGUUCGUUCGACGACCCGUGAGUGUGCACGGGCUCGCGAGGCCUUUGUUCGUUUUGAACCCGCUUAUUUUUGACAAAGCCGUUGCUGCCUAAGCAGAACGCAAUUCGAACCCCAUCUUAUGUAGAAUAUUUUCCGAAGCCGCAUUUUAUACAUGAAAUCAACGAGACAUGAAUGCGAUCAAUAUGAACUGGUUAGCUUCGGCGGAAGGGGAAUCUCUGGUUCAUCACUUUUACGUGAAUUCUCCGAAAAAGAGGAGAUUCUAUGGCAUUUUGGAGAGACCAUCGUUGCCCUCUUCCAUUGAGGAAGUCACUUAUAAAAUUUUCAUGAUAGGCAGAUCUGGUGUGGGAAAAACUUCCGUAGUAGCUAGACUCGCAGGUAUUCUGGAAGCCAACAAUUACACAGAGACUAAUGGUAUAAGAAAGACUAACGUCUUCUGGCCUGUAAAGAUCUGGGAUAAGGUUGUUUUGUUUAAGUUACAAUUCUGGGAUACAUCGGAAAGUAGUAUAAAAAAGUAUAAUCACAUCCUACCAGCGUGCAAGGAUAAGAUUGAUGCAAUGUGCUCUAUCUUCUCCUUCGAUGAUAUAUCCAGCUUCAAUGAUAUCCCAUAUCUGAUGAACACAAUAACUGCUAUAAAAGAGAAACCAGCAAAUAUAGUGAUUGGCACAAAGUUCAGACCUUGGUCAAGUUCCGCCAUAGAGGAUACACAGAUCAAAGAAUUUGAAGAUAAAUGGAAAGUCAAGGUGAUCAGAAUCGAUGCUGGUAAAUCAUCAAUGAGAUCUGAAAUGUUUGAUUGCUCCUACCAGUUAAAUGCUAUCUGUAGCAUUCUGUGGAACAGAGAUAAAGAAUUUAUAUCCAAGUUAAUGGGACAAGUUUGAUAAUUACCAUCAGAAAUAUAAAAUAUAUUUCGCACAAAAUAAAAGUACAAAAAGGUA